AUGAUGCUAGCAACCUUCUUAAAAGUUAAUCCACCAAAGUUCAAGGGAACCACCAAUCUGACUGAAGCCGAUAGCUGGUUUCAGGCCAUGGAGCGAGCAUUGCAAGCACAGUUGGUGCCUAAAGAGCAGUGUGUCGAGUUUGCUACGUAUCAGCUUACUGGAGAAGCAUCACAUUGGUGGCAAGGAACCAAACGUCUCCUACAGCAAGGUGAUGACCCUAUUUCAUGGGAUGCUUUUCAAGGAGCUCCUGAAAGCUUUGAGGAGUGGAAGUGCAUCGAGUAUGAAGGAGGGCUCCGCAGUGACAUCUUCAAUUCAGUAGGGGCUAUGGAAAUCAGAACUUUCUCUGAGUUGGUGAAUAAGAGCAGAGUGGCUGAAGAUUGUGUGAAAUGGGCAGCUACAGAGAAAGGAAGCCAUAGGGGACCAUUUCCACAGAAUCGAGGGAAGAGCUUUGCUCCUAGAGGUCCGCCUUUCAAGCGGGGAGGCUUUGUAGCACAGCAGACUCAGGGUCAGAAUAGCUUCAGAAGGCCUAACAACAACAAUUUCCUGGGAAGAAUAUUUGGGAAGUAG